UAAACAAGAUUGGCCAAACCCAAAACAAAAUUUCCCAACGCUGCCGGCGAUCUAUCUUUACCUUUCCCGUUGCACCGUUCGGCAAACUUACUUUUUUCCGUUCCGAUGACGAAGAAAGCGGAGCUAGUAUUCAUUCCGAUGCCUGUAAUGGGCCAUUUGGUAUCCACAGUUCAAGUGGCUAAGCUUUUAGUGGAUCUUAAUUCCAACCUCUCCGUUACCGUCCUCAACAUCAAGCCACCCUACAACGCUCAAGUCUCUGCCUACGUCGACUCUCUCACAGCCGCAGCCACCACCACCAGCCGCAUCAAAUUCAUCAACCUCCCUCAACCUGACCCAGACGCCGACAUGUUAAAGUUUAUAAGUAGUUUAGUUCAAACCCAGUUUCCACUUGUGAAAGAGGCCGUCACCAACAUAGUUGAGCUCUCCAAAUCAGUUCCCGACUCACCUCGACUCGCCGGUUUCGUUAUUGACAUGUUCUUGACUGCUUUUGUAGACUUGGCUAACGAGUUCGGCGUUCCUAGCUAUGCAUUUUUCACCUCGGGUGCUGCUUCUCUUGGCUUCCAGUUCCACACUCAAGUUCUUUACGAUGAGCAAAACGUUAACUUCGUCGAUUUAAAAGACUCGGACACCGAGUUCGCCAUUCCAUCAUAUGUCAACCCGGUUUCUACUAAAUAUUUUAUUGAUGAAAUGUUCAGUCCUACAAGAAUUACCUUCCUCCUCAACAUAGCGAGAGGGCUAAGAAAGACAAAGGGCAUAAUGGUAAAUACGUUUUCGGAGCUGGAAUCUCAUGCGGUUGACUCCCUUUCUAAUGAUAAGCUUCAAAUUCCACCUGUUUACCCAGUGGGACCGAUAUUGGAUCUUACGGGCUCAAGUCAGGUCCAUGAUAAUUAUGAUACAAUCAUGCGAUGGCUCGACGAACAACCUCGUUCAUCGGUCGUGUUCCUCUGUUUCGGGAGCCACGGAAGUUUUGGUGUGGAUCAAGUUAAAGAGAUCGCCAACGCUCUAGAGCAAAGUGGACACCGGUUCUUGUGGUCUCUACGGCGACCGGGGGAGCAAGUAAAAGGCAAGAAGGUAAGCCCGACUGAUUACGAGAACGUGGAAGAGGUGUUGCCGGAAGGGUUCUUAGAUCGGAUGGCUGGGAUUAGUAUGGUCAUCGGUUGGGCACCACAAGUGGCUAUCUUGGGCCAUCCGGCGAUCGGAGGGUUCGUUUCGCAUUGUGGGUGGAAUUCGACGUUGGAGAGUAUAUGGUUCGGAGUGCCGAUGGCCGCAUGGCCACUUUACGCAGAGCAACGUAUGAAUGCGUUCUUGCUGGUGAAGGAGUUAGGAUUGGCGGUAGAGAUUAAAAUGGAUUACAAUAGCUAUGGCGAUGAGGUUGAAAUUGUGAAAGCCGAGAAGAUAGAGAAAGGAAUAAGAAGAUUGAUGGAGCCGGGUAGUGACGCUCGGAAGAGGAUGAAAGAGAUAUGUGAUAAGAGUAGAAAGGCCUUAACAGACGGUGGAUCUUCACACUCCACGUUAUAUCGUUUUAUCGAUGAUGUUAUGGACAACAUGUCCUAAAAAUAAUAUUAAAAAUUGCUAUUGCUUUUUCUGUGUUAUUUUUAAAUUUAAGAUAUUUAUAGUUUAGAUUUAUUGUUAUUCGAAA